AGCCAGUUAACACGGGUGCCAGUUGCCGUGUAACACCGUUUUCCUCUUUCUUACUGAAUCGGACGAGCCAGUUUUGGAAUUGAGCAGGCUCGCACAGGUCUUAAUGGCACGCUACGGUUAAUAGGGAAGAGUAAGGGUUCAUGUACUGAAUGUCAAGCUAUAGAAGAUGUAGAUCAUAUUUUAUUUAAUUGCAACAAAUACACAAGACACAGGCUGCAAUGGAGAGAAAAGAGACUGAAAUGGGAUAGAGAGCAUCCUUUAAGGAAGAAGGAAUGCACAGCUAUAGGAUCAAAUCCCUAUUUAUUUAUCUUUCUUUCUUUCCCCCCUGUCCUCCUUAUUAUAAACUUUAGCUAUAACAGUCUGUUAAGUCCCUUACACACUCCUGUACAGUAGGUGGCGGUAUGCACCAAAUAGUUGUAAUCCGCCAAUUAAAGCAAAGAAGAAUGUUCAAUCAGGGUUGUUAGACAUUCUCUGGUUGUGGUUUGUUGUGAAUGGCUUGCUAACACUUGUCUGUUUUGUCACUGAGGUGCUUGUAGUCUCUAUUUGUUCUAGUCACAAGUCACCGGCUAAUCUCAACUGGGAGACGACUCGCAGGAGGGUUCGACCUCGCGCCUGAAGCUUUUUGUCGCCGUCAAACCACACCGGGUCCGGGAGGCUACGAAGAGUUGGCACGGAUAAGAUGAAUGAGGCUAGUCAGCAUAUGGACAUGAGUCACAAGCAAGCCUGCAUCGAACUGGAGAGGGCCACCCAAAUCAUCACACAAGUGUUACAGCAUGAAGUGGGUCGGAACCAGGAGCUCUGUAUGUUGAUUCGUCAUCUGGAAGAGAAGGAGGCGGAGACUUGGCGGAGCCUGACAGAGCAGGUGGAGUCAAACAAGCAGCUGAAGCUGAAGAUCGAUGAACUGCAGAAACACCUGGAGCAGAAACACAACUCACUGAUACAGGCCAACCAGACUGUGGUUUUGCUGAAGACUGAGCUAAGGGACCUGUGUCAACAGCUGCAAGGUCAACAAAGAAAUAGCAGUGAUCAGGAUGUGAAUGAGAAGCCACAUGUUGGGGAAAUCCAGAUCAAGCAAAUCAAGAGUCCCAGCUCUCCUCUCCAAUCAGACCAGCUGACGACAGCUGAUGAGCCGCCGGACUGGUCAGAACAGAUGACGUCGCCUGCCGGUCAGAUUCCGCUGAUGUCGCCUGCCGGUCAGAUUCCGCUGGUCUCGCCUGGUGGUCAAAAUCUGAUGGUCUCGUCUCAAAGUCAUCUGGACGCUCCAGUGUCUAGGAUUAAAGAAGAAAAUGCUGUUCAUGGAUAUGAGGAGUGCAGACAGUAUGUCUCGUCUGACGGUCAGACCCUUCUGGACGCUCCAGUGUCCGGGAUUAAAGAAGAAAAUGCUGUUCAUGGAUAUGAGGAGUGCAGUCAGUAUGAGAGAGCUGACCGCAGAACAGAACAGACCAUCUCUUCAGCUGCAGACGUUAAAACCGAACAGACCCAGGAUGAACAAUCAAACACGGCUCCAGUCCUCAGUGUUAAAUCAGACCCGUCCUCUACAGACCACGUGUCUCGGGCCCAGUUGAAGAGGGCAACAGUGAUGCAUAACCGCAGAGAUGCCGACCAAUCUGAGAACGAUGGUGUCUCCCCUUCAACUCUCCUGCAUGGACGCGAUCAACCUCUUUCAGCCAGUCGGCAGACCAGCGAGAAGAAACUGCUGGAUGCCAUCAGUGGGCUGUCCCGUCAGCUCACUCUGUUUGCUGCUGAUGUGCAUGAGCAGUUCACUCACCUCAGCAAUUCGGUAAACUCCAGGUUACUGUCCACGGAGGACGGUUCGGCUGCUUUGGAGUUAAAAAACUGUGUGGAAGAGACUAACUCCAAGAAGAGAAGACGGGUGCACAAUCCCAAGAUUGCGGAAACAGUACGCCGUCUUCACAACUCGGAGACAAAUUGUAGGCGCUACAAACCGGAGCAAGGAUUAACAUCACCUCAUAACGAGGCCGUUACCUCCUAUUUGCUUGAAGCCAUGUCUGCAAGUCCAGAUUUACACAAUGCUGAUAGUGACUCCAUUGUGUCUGCCUGUAAGACCUAUUACGAGACAGUCCGCAGGAACUUCAGGUACAAACAACCAGACCUUGCAUCGCAGGCGGAAACUGCAAAGAGUUCAGCUCGGAGUCGAUCGAGAAGAAAGAGGCUGCUGGAAGCGAGACAGAGUGUGCUAGCGGAGGACGAGGUCGAGCUUUGGAAGAGCGCCACCAUAGACCUGAUGUCUGAUGAGGAAGAUGGCAUCGUUGACGGGGUGUCUGGAUGGAUUGUGCGACCUCCGUCCUUUCGCAGCCAGGAGCUCACCGAGCUGUGUGCCACGCUGCAGUCAAGAUUAGAGGCGAUUCCGAAGUACAGGGCAACGCACCACAGACGCCUGCUAAAAGGGCCGAAUUCAGACAGAAUGCCGCCAGUUACCUACAGCUCCUAGGCGGCAAACAGCCACAUACGGUGCUGUAGGAUUUUGGGCAUCUUUUACACUUCCCAUUUGUUGUGAGGGCAGAUCUCGCUUUGUACAUAGUUGUGUGUUUGUGCUAAUAAAGACCUUUUUUAAAAUAAA